GAAGUUAUUGAGGUUAGAUAAUUAAGAAUGGUAGGAAUUUCAAAAUAAAAUGUUUCUCAGGGGCUCUCAAUACUUAAAAUCUAAUGUUAGACAAGUUUGUGAAAUAAAACCUUACUUUUUAAGGACAAAGAGAUAUUAUAGUGAUAGUUUAAGUGUGUCAGAAGUUAAUAUACCGUUUUCAAAUGGGCGUAAUUUAACUAUAUCCACUGGUCAGUAUGCUCGUUUAGCAGAUGGCUGCGCAGUGGCAACACUUGGUGAUACAUCAGUCAUGGUUACAGUAGUAUCGAAACCCAAACCAACAGUAAGUGGAUUUUUACCCCUAGUUGUUGACUAUCGACAAAAAUCUGCAGCAGCUGGUAGAAUUCCUACAAACUUUUUUCGUAGAGAAUUGGGUCCAACUGAGAAGGAAAUUUUGACAUCUAGGCUAAUAGAUAGAAGUGUAAGACCUUUAUUUCCAGAAAAUUAUAAUUAUGAUACCCAAGUGGUGUGCAAUAUGUUAGCUGUUGAUGGAGUGAAUAAUCCAGACAUUUUAGCCAUUAAUGCUGCAUCUGCUGCUCUAUCUCUAAGUGAUAUCCCAUGGAAUGGACCUAUUGGAGCUGUAAGAGUUGGUUUUAUAGAUAAUGAGUUAAUAAUCAAUCCAACAAGAAGAGAAUUACAAGCAUCAUCGUUAAAUUUAGUUGUUUUCUGCCAUGAGAAAAAGUUUAGUAGUAAUGUUGGAAGGAAAUGCAGAUAUGAUUUUAUUGCAAGAUUUACAAAAAGCCAUUAAAACAGCAACAAAAGAAGUUCAAGGUAUUAUUACUAACAUAGAAACACUUCAAAGACUUUUUGGAAAGAAGAAAAGAGAAUUUAGCGUUCCAGAAGAACUUUCUGAAGAAAUAAUUGAAGCUCUAAGGUCCCUUACUCAAAUGCGAGUUAAAGAAAUUUUCAGAAAUAGCUCCUAUGAUAAGCUUAGUAGAGAUAAUGCGCUGACAGAAGUAAGGACUGAUGUAUUAGAUAAAAUUAAAUCAGGUUUUGUGAAUAUAGACAUUAAUCUUGUGAAUGACUGUUAUAAUAAGAUAGUUAAACAAGCAUUUCGUGAUUUGAUAUUUGAAGAAGAAAGAAGGUGCGAUGGUAGAGAUUUCGCUCAACUCAGAGAUAUUUCCUGUAAAGUGAACAUGUACAAACCUUUGCAUGGGUGUUCACUGUUUCAGAGGGGACAAACGCAGGUAUUUUGUACUGUUACAUUAGAUUCACACGAUAGUGCCCUUAAAUUGGAUCCAUUGAGUAUAUUGACCAGUGGAGUUAAAGAAAAGAAUUUCUUCCUCCAUUACGAAUUUCCACCGUUCGCUACAAAAGAAACAGGAAAAAUAGGUCCUAUUGGUCGAAGAGAGAUGGGCCAUGGUGCUUUGGCAGAAAAAGCUCUAACUCCUGUCGUUCCGGGAGAUUUUCCAUUUACUGUAAGACUGACAUCAGAAGUUUUAGAAUCAAAUGGUUCAAGUUCAAUGGCUACUGUUUGUGGAGGAAGUUUAGCGUUAAUGGAUGCAGGCGUACCACUUUCAACUCCUGUAGCUGGGGUCGCUAUAGGUUUAGUAACUAAAUAUGAUGCCGAACAAAAAUCUAUUGAGGAUUAUAGAGUUUUAACAGAUAUAUUAGGCAUCGAAGAUUAUAUGGGUGAUAUGGAUUUUAAAAUUGCUGGUAAUAAAAAAGGCAUAACCGCAUUGCAAGCUGAUAUUAAAAUUCCCGGAUUACCUUUGAAAAUUGUUAUGGAGUCCUUACAAAGUGCUGUAGAUGCCAAACACAAAAUUCUCCAAAUCAUGCACAACUGCAUAGAAAACCCAAGGACAGAAAAGAAGGAAAAUUGGCCUGUAAGUAAGAAAUUGGAAGUAGAAGCUCAUAAAAGAUCAAGGCUUGUUGGAAUAGGUGGUGUCAAUUUAAAGAAGUUAUUUGCUGAAACAGGUGUACACGUAUCACAAGUAGACGACACCACAUUUGAAGUAUUUGCCCCGAGUCAAAGUGCCAUGGAUGAAGCGGAAGAAAUAAUGCAACAGUUGUUGUUGACUGAAAGAGCUCCAGAUUUAGAAUUUGGUGGCAUAUACAAGGCAACUAUAGUAGAAAUCAGAGACAUCGGAGUUAUGGUUACUUUAUACCCAGGAAUGCCGCCAGCUCUCUUACAUAAUUCACAGUUAGACCAAAGAAAAAUUGCGCAUCCGUCAGCAUUAGGUCUAGAAGUAGGUCAAGAAUUGCAAGUUAAAUAUUUUGGAAGAGAUCCCGUAUCUGGGUUAAUGAGAAUUUCUAGAAAAGUUCUUCAAUCAGCUGUUCGGUAAUAUAUAACGGCUGGAAUUAUUUGAUAGGCCAUUUUGUUGUUCCCAGUUUUAAAUUUGGCCCAGAUAAAUAUAAAUAAUAAAGUUUAUAAUGUUUUUAUGUAUCUAUUUUAUAUAAAAAAUGAACGAAUAAAACCGUUUUUCUAGA